AUGCAAGCGACCGACUCAACUUCUUUUGGCGCAGGACUUUUCAGCAUGCUCAAGAAGAUGGUCUGCCUCCUGCUCGGCGUCGCCGCGGCCAGCGCGCUGCCGAUUGACGCCGCCGUCGAAGGCGACACCAACCCGACGGUGCGCGGCACGACGUUCGCUUCGAUGCCGCGCCCGGAUGACAUCGACUUCGAUCUCGAUACAAAAUCGACGUGCACCGGUGGCGCAGCAGCUUGCCGCAAAUGCCAGCCUUGGCAAAAGCGCGUGCGCUGGACUUGGCGCUACAUGUACAACGACUACGUGGACCACACGCAGGAGGCCUUCAAGUGCCUGAAACGGGGCCCGCUUGAGGAGACCGAGAACCACCCCGCGAAUGGCUGCGAUGAACCUGACUCUGCGGCAAAGAUUCGCAACGUCACUAAGGAGGAAGACCUCAUGCUCGGCCGCUCCAAGCGCGUGCUCUUCAGCGCCCUCAAGAUGGCUCGGCGCAGCGGCGAUUUGACCAAGUUCAUGUGGAUGCACGGCGUCCCGAUGGCGGCAAUUACGAACCACUUCACGUCGCAUUUCUUGCCAUGGCAUCGCAAGAACCAACUCGAGUACGAGAAUCUCCUGCGCGCGCAGGGCUUCGACGACGACGUAGAGGAGGACGAGGAGUGCCCGGGCUGCCGCGACUGGUACUCGUGCUUGACGACGCCGGCGUGGGAUUGGACUGCUGAUCAGAGCGACUGCGAGCAUGCCACCUCUGGUUCGAUCUACUACAAGUCCGACGUCCGCACUGGAGACCCAAAGAAGGUGCCCCACCCCUGGCGGCGCGACGAUACGACUGACAAGUUUGACGGCACUCGAAGCAUGGGCAAGGGAUGUACCUCAACACUUUGCCUCGCAUGGCACCUCAACCUCGCCUUUCUGCAGUUCGUUCACGACUUUGGCGGCGGCGGGUCUCCGCAUUGCUCCACCUCGCCCUUCUGCAAGUGGUCGGACAACCUCACCAUGCAGGGCGGGCCGAUGUGCAAGGACCCCGACGACCUCGCCGUUCAGAAUGGAGUGGAUGAGCAUCUGAAGCUGGUGAUGGAAAAUAACCCGUCCAUCACCAGCAAGGACGAGGCAAUCGGCCUGUGCAAGAUCCGCCACGACCCUCACGCGGUCGCUGGCGGCGUCACACUGUGGCCAGGUUUGGGCGAUGACAGCUCGAGCGCCUGCACGGAGAAGGAGUACGCGGCUAAGGCCGCCGCCGGGUGGGGGCCGCUCAACUGCGAGCACCUCGGGAGCCAUAAGGUGACGGGCAAGCCACUCUUCCCGCAAAAGACGCUCUACACGAAAGGGAUGGCCAACCAGGUGUACGACAACCGCGUUGGCUGCCUCGAUAAGGGACCCUUUGCUGGCUGGACGGCCCCAACCCCCAACAAUGAGAACCCAAAAGACCCGCACACACAGAACUGCGUUGCGCGGGCAGUCGACUUUACCAUGUCCAACAUGAACCAGAAAUUCCUCACGCCGCCCGACCUCGCCACCAUGAUCUCCACCAGCGAGUUCUUCCGGCCAGCUGAUCUAAGCUUGGAGGGCACGAACAACUUUCGACACCCCAACUCCGGCUUUGCCCAGCGAGUCGAGACGACUGUGCAUGGCGUCCCGCACACCUUCAUCGGCGGGCAAAUGAUCUCGUACGAGUCGAUCUCCGAUCCCAUGUUUUUGGGGCACCACUCCAUGAUUGAGAACACCUUCACCAUGUGGCAAGACUGCAAGAAUCUCGAGAUCCGUUCGACCCUCAAGGACCUGACGAACCGGUCCGACGAAAAUGGCCAACUCAUCGAUUUCAGCGACGAGUCGAUCGGUAUCUGGAGUCAGGAGGAGUACGCCAAAGAGACCAAGGGCAUCUUGAAGCACCGGAUGCUGGACCAGUCCGACUGGCGGGGCCGGCUCGCGCAUCAGCCGUGGAACAAGCACAUCACCGCCCGCUACGACCGCAUCAACAAUCUCGGCUACACCGGAGCUCCGGCAAAAUCGGCGACCGUCCACAUCACGUUCAACGCUGAUGGCUCGCAGCAAGUCGAGCACGGCGAGAAGCCGCUGACCGACCACACGAGCUCCAGCAAGUUGAGCGGACCUUACCUUAAGAGCGCCCACGACCCUAGCGGUACCCUCAAGUACGGUUCAGACGGGCUGGCCUCGGCGACAGAUUUUGCCCCGUUCGACACCGCUUGGCCAAACUACAAGGAGAAGGGCCGGGGAGUGAUUCAAGACAUCUAUAACUCGCGCAUGAAUUUCCCCGCCGGCUACAAAGCACCCGAUGGCUACAAAGCACCCGAUCGCAGCAUGAUCAAUCACUGCUCCAUUGGCCCGCAGGCGUCUUCGCGCCCGGGGGGGGGUCCCGACCCCCCCAGAGGCUUCACCACAUGCUAG